GCUCCUCCUCUCUCCAUCGUUUCUAGCAAGCUAGCUAGAUAACUAGGAGAGCUACCUUGAAGUGUGGGAGACUCAAAGUGGAUAAGGGGGAAACAGGCUGACGGAAAAUGGCAGACAUCGAGGGAGAGGGAAUUCAUUCGGUGGCACCUCCGUUAGUUCAGCCACCCUCUCGUAACUGCUCUGGUGUCAGCCCAACGCAGGGCACCGGCAGUUGCCAAACGGUGACUACCGUUACGUCAGGCCCGCGACUGGUGCGGAUAGUCAAGUCUGACUCGGGAUAUGGCUUCAAUGUCCGGGGACAGGUUAGCGAAGGAGGACAACUACGGAGCAUCAACGGGGAAUUGUAUGCCCCGCUACAGCAUGUUAGUGCUGUUUUACCGGGAGGUGCAGCGGACAGAGCCGGUAUCUCGAAAGGGGACCGGAUUCUGGAAGUUAAUAGUGUGAACGUGGAGGGGGCGACCCAUAAGCAGGUGGUGGAUCUGAUCCGUGCGGGGGAGAGGGAGCUGAUGCUGGCCGUGCUGUCUGUACCUCCCCAGGAGGCUGACUGUCUGGACCCUGGAGACGACGGCUCAGCCCAGUCCUGCUAUGACUACAGUGACAAACAGGCCGUCCCCAUCUCCGUCCCCACAUACAAACACGCUGAACUCAACCAGGAGAGGUUUGUGGUGUAUAAUGUGUACAUGGCAGGCAGACAGCUGUGCUCUAAGAGGUACAGGGAGUUUGCUAUCCUCAACCAGAACCUGAAGAGAGAGUUUGCCAACUACACCUUCCCCAAAAUACCUGGCAAAUGGCCUUUUUCCCUGUCUGAACAACAACUAGACGCUAGACGCAGGGGACUGGAGGAAUACCUGGAGAAAGUGUGUUCAGUGAGGGUGUUUGGGGAGAGUGAUGUCAUGCAGGAGUUUCUGUCUGACGAGUCUGAUGAGAACUAUAACGGCGUAUCAGAUGUGGAGUUGAGGAUAGCCAUGCCUGAUAAAACCACCGUCACAGUCCGAGUCCGCAAGAACUGUACAACUGACCAGGUCUACCAGGCUGUGGUCAUGACAGUAGGAAUGGACAGCAUAACGGCCAGCUACUUUGCUCUGUUUGAGGUCAUCAACCACUCCUUUGUGCGUAAACUGGCUCCUAAUGAGUUCCCCCACAAGCUGUAUGUUCAGAACUACACGUCUGCUGUCCCUGGGACCUGCCUCACCCUGCGCAAGUGGCUCUUCACCACCGAGGAGGAGAUCCUGCUCAAUGACAACCAACUGGCCGUCAGCUACUGCUUCCACCAGGCGGUGGAUGAUGUGAAAAGGGGAUUUAUCAAGGCAGAGGAGAAGUCCUACCAGCUACAGAAAUUAGCAGAACAGAAGAAGAUGGCCAUGUAUCUCAGUAUGUUACGGGGCUGUGAAGGCUACAAUGAGAUCAUCUUCCCACACUGCUCCUGUGACUCCCGACGCAAAGGCCACGUCGUCACAGCCAUCAGCAUACACAACUUUAAACUGCACGCCUGCACAGAGGAGGGAGCGCUAGAGAACCAGGUGAUCGUGUUUGAGUGGGUGGAGAUGCAGCACUGGGACACUGAUGAGGAGGGCAUGGCCUUCUGUUUCCAGUACGCCAGGGCAGAGAAGAAACCUCGCUGGGUCAAGAUCUUUACUCCCUACUUCAACUACCUGCAUGAGUGCGUUGAGAGAGUCUUCUGUGAACUCAAGUGGAGGAAAGAGGUGGAAGAGGAGACUGUGGAUAAGGACAAUAAGAACUGCAGUAAAGAAGAAUAUCUUCCAGCUGUUGAGACACAGAACGGAUGGAGGCACCUAGGAGGAGAGAUCAUCACCUCAUAAACAUGCUCUCCUCCAUCCGUCCCUCUGGUCUGGUUCGGCCCGGAACUACCACCACUACCUGUCCUCACACAACUACUACUACACCAACUACAAACUACAACUUCUACAUACCAUUAACAGCAACUACAGAUCAACAACCACCACACACCAUCAAACUACAAUUGAACAACUUCUGGACUGACUGAAGGAGAAACAAUGACGCACACUGCAACUUAAGCUGUUAUUCACCAUGAACCCUUGAAUACAACCCAAGCACACAAUAUAAACACAAGCCAACAGGAAGCUACAGUAGAAACAUACAGCAGGUUUGUACAGGUGAAUAACUAACUCUAAAAACGUAGAUACAUGCCUUCAUACAUCGCAUCACCUCUUUGGUCAAAACUCCAUGGAGACCUGUGACUAUUGGCUAAGGAGGCUGACUGCUUUUGGUGGGCUUGGAUGAAGGAGAUGGUUCUCUGGGACGAUAUUGGACAAGGGAUUUGACACGUGCAAGGCCAUUGGGUGCUCUGGACUGGAACAGAGUGCAGUGGAAGAAAAGAACAAAAGAGGGAUACAGAUGCUGGAACAGAACCUGUUCUAAAAGAGGAAAUGGCUGGUGGUGUUGGAACAGAACCUGUUCUAAAAGAGGAAAUGGCUGGUGGUGAUGGAACAGAACCUGUUCUAAAAGAGGAAAUGGCUGGUGGUGAUGGAACAGAACCUGUUCUAAAAGAGGAAAUGGCUGGUGGUGUUGGAACAGAACCUGUUCUAAAAGAGGAAACGGCUGGUGGUGAUGGAACAGAACCUGUUCUAAAAGAGGAAACGGCUGGUGGUGAUGGAACAGAACCUGUUCUAAAAGAAGAAAGGCUAGUGGUGAUGGAACAGAACCUGUUCUAAAAGAGGAAAUGGCUAGUGGUGAUGGAACAGAACCUGUUCUAAAAGAGGAAAUGGCUGGUGGUGAUGGAACAGAACCUGUUCUAAAAGAGGAAAUGGCUGGUGUUAGAACAGAACCUGUUCUAAAAGAGGAAACGGCUGGUGGUGAUGGAACAGAACCUGUUCUAAAAGAGGAAACGGCUGGUGGUGAUGGAACAGAACCUGUUCUAAAAGAAGAAAGGCUAGUGGUGAUGGAACAGAACCUGUUCUAAAAGAGGAAAUGGCUAGUGGUGAUGGAACAGAACCUGUUCUAAAAGAGGAAAUGGCUAGUGGUGAUGGACUGAGGAGACGCAUCUGAAAAGUUCUAAAACAGGAACUGUGUGUGUGUGUCGACUGAUUAUGGACAGCUGUGAGAGUCUAGGUUGGAACCCUGGAGGUAGAAACAACCCUUCUCUCUGACUCUGAACUGAACUCCCAGAAUGAGUCUAGAUAGACAGACGGAGGGAACCGGCCACAUGAUACAAGAGACUGGACUCAUAUGAACCACACAGACCGAUUGACAUAUGGAUAUUAUCUCCUGUUUGUAGCCACUAUCUCCAUUUCAAAGAGAUCUACUGAAGAGACUAUUACAGAGAGAGAGAGAGAAACCAUACAUUUCCUUUAUUUGUGACUAUUGGGCCGAGCAGAACCAAGGGUAGCAUGUGUGUUUCAGCUGCUGGUUCUGUUUCGGUUUUCAGAUGCAGAAAUUGCCCUGAAGCCAUUUUUGAAUACACAAACCUUCUCAUUAAAAACACACACACACACAGAAUGCUCAUCAUGUAGGAAUUGGAUCCCAGGAAAGUAUUCUGCCAUCUUGACAGAUACCUGAACAAGGAACAUGUUUACUUCACCUGUGUGUUUUGUGUACCUCCUAAAGACAUAUAAAUAUAAUUUUUAAUGUGGACAUUUCAUACAUUGGACAGAAUAGCACAAAAAUAACCCUGUAAGAUGUUGACCACGUUAAGCUCAAUAUGUAUUCAUUCUAUGCUAAGUUUUCUGUUUUGCUGAUGCCUAACCGUGGGUUUAUAACACUGAACUCAGAAGUGCAUCUCGAUUUACAUGUUUUGUGUCUUUCUGUUCUUGAGAAAAGGUGUGAUGCUUUAGAAACACACUGUAAUUGUCAGUCUGUAGGAUAUGUCUAUGGUGUUGGUUUAGGUGAGUCUUUGGUUCAAUUGAUAUAUUGGUCCUUGUGUAUCUGAAGAAGCUGCAGUACUCAGAACGACCUGCAGGGGACUCCCUCCCACUGAGAAACACUAGAUCAGUUCCUAUAGAACAGGGCUGGCCAGUAUUCUAACAGAGGGCCUGUGGGUGCAGGCUUUUGCCCCAGCCAAGCAGUAACACACCUGAUUCAAUAUCUGGUGGAUGUUAUCAUUGGAUGCUGAUGCAACACCACACACAUCUUUAAAUGCAGUGUUAACCUACAGCAGGGUUUCCCAGUGGUGUAGUAGGAGCUACACGGAGGUAUACGCCCUAAACCCCACAGAGGUUUAAACAGUGGUGUAGGAGGUAUACGCCCUAAACCCCACAGAGGUUUAAACAGUGGUGUAGUAGGUAUACGCCCUAAACCCCACAGAGGUUUAAACAGUGGUGCAGUAGGAGCUACAUGGAGGUAUACGCCCUAAACCCCACAGAGGUUUAAACAGUGGUGUAGUAGGAGCUACACGGAGGUAUACGCCCUGAACCCCACAGAGGUUUAAACAGUGGUGCAGUAGGAGCUACACGGAGGUAUACGCCCUAAACUCCACAGAGGUUUAAACAGUGGUGCAGUAGGUAUACGCCCAAACCCCACAGAGGUUUAAACAGUGGUGUAGGAGGUAUACGCCCUAAACCCCACAGAGGUUUAAACAGUGGUGUAGUAGGAGCUACACAGAGGUAUACGCCCUAAACCCCACAGAGGUUUAAACAGUGGUGCAGUAGGAGCUACACAGAGGUAUACGCCCUAAACCCCACAGAGUUUUAAACAGUGGUGCAGUAGGAGCUACACGGAGGUAUACGCCCUAAACUCCACAGAGGUUUAAACAGUGGUGUAGUAGGUAUACGCCCAAACCCCACAGAGGUUUAAACAGUGGUGUAGUAGGUAUACGCCCUAAACCCCACAGAGGUUUAAACAGUGGUGUAGUAGGAGCUACACGGAGGUAUACGCCCUGAACCCCACAGAGGUUUAAACAGUGGUGCAGUAGGAGCUACACGGAGGUAUACGCCCUAAACCCCACAGAGAUUUAAACAGUGGUGUAGUAGGUAUACGCCCAAACCCCACAGAGGUUUAAACAGUGGUGUAGGAGGUAUACGCCCUAAACCCCACAGAGGUUUAAACAGUGGUGUAGUAAGAGCUACACGGAGGUAUACGCCCUGAACCCCAGAGAGGUUUAAACAGUGGUGCAGUAGGAGCUACACGGAGGUAUACGCCCUAAACCCCACAGAGGUUUAAACAGUGGUGUAGUAGGUAUACGCCCAAACCCCACAGAGGUUUAAACAGUGGUGUAGUAGGAGCAACACGGAGGUAUACGCCCUGAACCCCACAGAGGUUUAAACAGUGGUGUAGGAGGUAUACGCCCUAAACCCCACAGAGGUUUAAACAGUGGUGUAGUAGAUAUACGCCCUAAACCCCACAGAGGUUUAAACAGUGGUGUAGUAGGUAUACGCCCUAAACCCCACAGAGGUUUAAACAGUGGUGUAGUAGGAGCUACACAGAGGUAUACGCCCUAAACCCCACAGAGGUUUAAACAGUGGUGCAGUAGGAGCUACACAGAGGUAUACGCCCUAAACCCCACAGAGUUUUAAACAGUGGUGCAGUAGGAGCUACACGGAGGUUUAAACAGUGGUGCAGUAGAUAUACGCCCUAAACCCCACAGAGGUUUAAACAGUGGUGUAGUAGGUAUACGCCCUAAACCCCACAGAGGUUUAAACAGUGGUGCAGUAGGAGUUACACUGAGGUAUACGCCCUAAACCCCACAGAGGUUUAAACAGUGGUGUAGUAGGAGCUACACAGAGGUAUACGCCCUAAACCCCACAGAGGUUUAAACAGUGGUGCAGUAGGAGCUACACAGAGGUAUACGCCCUAAACCCCACAGAGUUUUAAACAGUGGUGCAGUAGGAGCUACACGGAGGUAUACGCCCUAAACUCCACAGAGGUUUAAACAGUGGUGCAGUAGAUAUACGCCCUAAACCCCACAGAGGUUUAAACAGUGGUGCAGUAGGAGUUACACUGAGGUAUACGCCCUAAACCCCACAGAGGUUUAAACAGUGGUGUAGGAGGUAUACGCCCUAAACCCCACAGAGGUUUAAACAGUGGUGUAGGAGGUAUACGCCCAAACCCCACAGAGGUUUAAACAGUGGUGUAGUAGGUAUACGCCCAAACCCCACAGAGGUUUAAACAGUGGUGUAGUAGGAGCUACACGGAGGUAUACACCCUAAACCCCACAGAGGUUUAAACAGUGGUGUAGUAGGAGCUACACGGAGGUAUACACCCUAAACCCCACAGAGGUUUAAACAGUGGUGUAGUAGGAGCUACACGGAGGUAUACGCCCUAAUCCCCACAGAGGUUUAAACAGUGGUGUAGGAGGUAUACGCCCAAACCCCACAGAGGUUUAAACAGUGGUGUAGUAGGAGCUAAACGGAGGUAUACGCCCUAAACCCCACAGAGGUUUAAACAGUGGUUUAAACAGAGGUUUAAAUAAAGGUUCAGUAAAAUAAAUAUGCACAAAACCCACUUUUUGUUCAGUUGACAUUGGGUAUAGUCACUUCUUAAUUCCCACUGAUCCGUAUCAAAGUAGUGUAGUGGUGGUAUAAACGGUAUCAAGUAUGUGGUACAAUAGAGAAAGUAGCCUACACAAUCGUAAAGCACGUGUAAUAUAUUCGCGUGCGCUGCACACAGCCAAGUUUCAGCUGAAUAUCAUGGCAGUAAGAGCCGCAGCUGGUUGUCCCAUGGAGCAGCUCACAGCUGGUAGGGUAGGUAGGACUUGCCUAGUUAAAGGUUCAAUGAAUCAAAUCAAGAAACAAUGGGUAAGCAAACCAGGUAUUGAAACAGUUUGGUCCAAAGUCUUGGUUGAAUCUUUGCAGUGCUCAAUUCAGUCAUUAUGUGCUGUUUUGAAUGAACAUUUCCAAAUGCUUUCCCAAGGAAAACUUCCAAAUGAAAGCUGCAAUAUGUAACUUUGCAACCAAACAAUUUCACAUAGAAAUGUCACUGUCAUCAUUGAAAGCAAGUCUAAUAAGUGGUAGAUCUAUUCUAUGUGCACUAUUUCUAUGCUUCGCCAUUCUUAAGUUUAGUUUUUGCAUCUUUUAUUUUGUUUUGUACACCAGUUUCAGACGGCUGAAAAUACAAUCGUUUUGGUUAUGGAAAAUGUAUUGCAGAGGUUGAGAUUGUACAAAGACUACAAUUACUUAUUGUUUUGUCACAAACUGAAAUUAGGCGAACUUCAAAUUUUAGCAACCAGGAAAUGGCGGAGCUAUUUCUGUAUAGUGCAUCUUUAAAUGUUGACUACAAAUUGGGCCUACAUGAUAUAAUUAUGAUUUGUAUCAAUCUGGAGGGCAUUUCUUUUGAAAACUCUGCAAUCACAUGUACUCUACUCUAGGCCUACAUUGUAGAGUACAGACACUGCGAGCCACAUGGUAUUUGGCUAUUUGCUUAAUUAUUUUAAAGGGCAACUAGACCCUCCCAAAAAUAUUAUUUUAUAUUUUUCCCAGACCUAAAAAAUGGUCUCCUUGUGCGGUAUAAGCAUUGAUGUGGGCUUAACAUGCAUUUGUUGUUUUUCUAUGAAAGAUUUUCUGGCAAAAUGAUGGUGUACUCACUUCUCCAGGCAUCGCUACACCAAUGGGUUUUCCUGUAUCUGUGAGUGAUUUGAUGUGGGACCUGAAUCUCCAACAGGCUUAGGCUGUUUACGCAAUGGAUCAUCAUGUCUCACUCCCAUAGGCUGCUUCACUUGUCAAUCAUGUCUCUGCUAUCUCACCCUGUAAUCUGUGAUAGCUCUCUCUCAAACACUCCUCUGUCCCUCGUCGUCAACUCUUUAUUUAAUUAAGAUAUUAAGCUCUACUUCUCAUAUCCUACAGUAUCUUCACCUGUCUGACAAAUCAAGCAAAUGAGAAAAUAAAACAAUCUGAAGAGAACCACACAGGGUUGAAUUGAUGAAAGCUGAAGUCAUUUAGUAAUUUAACUUGUUGACUUAUUGUAAUGAAUUGUAAUAUUAUUUUAAAUGAAAUGAUUUAUUAAUGCAAAA